CCGCCUCCCUCCUCCUCCUAACCUCCAUGUCUUCCUCCGGCCGCCACCCCAUCUACAAAGGCAUUCGCCAGCGCACCACCGGCAAAUGGGUCUCCGAAAUUCGCGAGCCAAGGAAACCCAACCGAAUUUGGUUAGGAACCUUCCCAACCGCUGAAAUGGCCGCCGUCGCAUACGACGUCGCAGCCCUCGCCCUCAAAGGCCAGGACGCCGAGCUCAAUUUCCCCAAUUCCGCUGCUUCUCUCCCUGUCCCCGCCUCUCGCUCUGCUUCUGAUAUUCAAGCUGCCGCCGCAUCCGCCGCCGCUGCACUUGGCGCAGCGGCAGCCGCCAUGGAGGCACGCAAUAAUAACGGUCGCGGCCGUAGUAACUUCUCUGCAACUAACUCUGCGUACGGAACAAGAUACAACGAAAAUGAAUUGGGAAAUCAGUUCGUUGAUGAGGAUUUAAUCUUCGAUAUGCCUAAUGUUCUAAUGAACAUGGCCGAAGGAAUGCUUCUUAGCCCUCCCCGUUUCAAUGUCCACGGCAAUGACGACCGCGACGACGGCGGUGAUCAAACCCUUUGGAACUUUCCCUAA